CAGCUGCCCUGUCUCGCCUUGUCGCAGACUCAGCAAGGCCUACAAGACAACUUGAACCCCGUGCAUGACAACGUUGCAGUGCAAUUGCGACAUCACCAUAUAAUAAGUGACCCUCAUCAUCGCCGGCGAACCACCAUUUCGAGUCAAUUCAUCCAGACUUGGUCCUUAGAUCGCAGCGCAACAUCGGGAUCGAUUAAUGGGUUUCCUCGACAUACGGGCGCCGACAUCAUUGCGGCUGGCCGCGUUGGCCGCCGGCGAGCCUUGGGAUCCGGCCCAAACCACAACAACGCCGCCCUUUGUCGUCUUCAAGAAAAAGCCGCAUGACUCGCAUCCGUCUUUCGACAACCUGGUGCUCUUAGUUUUCGGUGCUGUGUUGGAAGUGGUCUGUGUCAGCUUGCCGGGCUACAUCAUCGCGCGGUUGGGCCACUUCGAUGCCGACAAGCAGAAGUUUCUUGCCAACCUCAAUGUCAUGCUAUUUACGCCAUGCCUGAUCUUCACCAAGCUCGCAUCGCAGUUGAAUGCCGACAAGCUCAUCGAACUCGGCGUCAUUCCCGUCAUCUUCAUAAUCCAGACACUGGUGUCGUACGUUGUCUCCAGGGUCGUUGCACGAUGCUUUGGUUUCAACCGCCGCGCAUCCAACUUUGUCACAGCCAUGGGCGUAUUUGGCAACUCCAACUCGCUACCCAUCUCCCUGGUCAUUUCGCUGGCGCAAACGCUGAAGGGACUACAUUGGGACAGAAUACCAGGGGACAAUGACGACGAGGUCGCCGCGCGCGGUAUCCUGUAUCUCCUAGUUUUUCAGCAGCUCGGCCAACUGGUAAGGUGGAGCUGGGGAUACCAUGUACUUCUCGCGCCCAAACACAAGUAUGACGAGUACGCCAACGAGACGGUUGAGGAAGGCCGCUAUCACGAUGAAGAGGAAACGGAGAAUGAGGAGGAGGCUGAACAGGUUCUCGAGGGUGUUAGCAUCGUUCAUGAGACAGGCGACGAGCAGGGACAUCACCGUCCCGCGAGCCCAACCCACACCGACGAUUCGCACGCGUAUGAGCCGGCCGGCCGGACCCCGGUGGCGGGGUCGUCGGGAGGAUCACCGAAUGACUCGGAUGACGACGAGCAUGGUGGGACAUGGAAAGCACACAGGAAGUCAUUAUCAAACGGGCCAGGUGCAAACGACGCUCUUGACGACCAUGAGGGGCUCGACCGGAUCCUAUCCUUCCCCCGCAUCCGCAGUGCGGACGAGUUCGAGGCUCCCCAGGGCAUUAAGGGAGUUCCCGUGCGGAUGAGGCGCUUCAUCAGGAAGACAGAACUCAAGGCGUGGAAUCACAUGCGUAUCACCAGUCGCCGCGCAUAUAACGCCCUUCCGCAGCCCGUGCAGGUCGCCCUCACAAAGCUCCACCACGUAUGGCAGCGCGUCUAUCAAUUCCUCUGGGACUUCAUGAACCCUCCCCUCUGGGCGAUGCUCGUGGCCGUCUUGGUUGCCUCCGUCCCGGACCUGCAAGCCCUCUUCUUCCGCGAAGGUUCUUUCAUCAAGACCUCGGUCACCAGCGCCAUCAGCUCCUCCGCAGGCGUGGCCGUACCCCUCAUCCUCGUGGUCCUCGGCGCCAACUUGGCACGUAACACGCAGGCGCACGAAGACGAGACGGACGCGGAGGAAAAGCAGAUCGGCUCGCGGCUGCUGGUGGCCAGCCUCAUCGCCCGCAUGCUGCUGCCGACGCUCAUCAUGGCGCCAAUCCUGGCGCUCUUCGCCAAAUACGUACCUGUGAGCAUCCUGGACGACCCGAUUUUCGUCAUCGUGUGCUUCCUGCUCUCAGGCGCACCCAGUGCGUUGCAGCUGGCGCAGAUCUGCCAGAUCAACAAUGUGUACGAGACGGUCAUGAGCAGGGUCCUGUUCCAGAGCUAUGUUAUCUGGAUUCUGCCGUCUACGCUGAUUCUGGUGUUGUGUGCUAUGGAGGUGGUGGAAUGGGCAAAGUAGCCUGCUUGCUUCCAUGCAUAUGUUCCAAUGGAAGAUUGGAAUCUGCGGUUUUCCUUUCGAAACCCCUGGGAUGGUCUGUGAAACA